AUGCCGCACGAGAUGGAGGAGAAUGGUGCUGAGGUCUCGGAUGUUAUGUCUGAGAACGAGGACGAGACAGAAACUUUUAUCAAAGACGACGACGAAAAGAUGGCAGACCAGAGCAAUACUGAGGUCAAGAAGAAGUACGACCCAAAGGAUCCUUUGCGUCCAAGAAGAAAAAAGGCUCGUAGGGCUUGUUUUGCCUGCCAAAGGGCCCAUCUGACUUGUGGAGAUGAGAGACCAUGUCAGAGAUGCAUCAAGCGAGGUCUCGCCGAUGCAUGCCAGGAUGGCGUUCGAAAGAAGGCUAAAUACCUUCAUGAUGCUCCUCCAGAAGCUCUUCGACCUGUUCUUGGCCCCAACUACAACCCUAAUACCAAUCCUACGCCUCCACGUCCCAACGCACAACGUCAAAAUUCGAAUGCCAGCCAGUCAGAUAGUUUGUCUGCGACUGGGAGUGGAUUUUUUUCUCAAGCAGCUACAACGACUUUACCGGUGUAUUCAACAGGCGCGCAAACUCCUGUAGGCAUCGAUGGCCUGCCCUUCAAUCCUCAAGCUUCGCCAACAGCUUUCCAACCUCCAAUUGCCAAUGCGCACCCGCCAAUGAACAACAACAUAUUACCCACCGGAAAUAUGGACUUUAAUGCCUUGUUCGAUCCUAGUAACCCUGCCCUAUACAACUUUGACCUUGAGGGUCUCAAUUUUGGUAGUCAGUAUGCAGGCUGGGAAUUCGGAAUCCUCAAUAAGAUGGCCCUUGGGGCCGAGACACCACCACGGGAGAACUCAAUGUCACAAACUCCGACAACUGAGGCCAACUAUGCGGCUCUAUUUGGGACAAAUGGAAACGCAAAUGGCUUCGAACAUCCCAUGUUAGGGGCCGACUUCUCGGGCAUGGACCAGAAUAAUCAGUCUAUGUAUGCACAGGGGAACCUCCAACACGGGUUGCCCCAUGCCUAUGCCAUUGCGGCUGGGCCUACAAGUCUUGCCAGCCCAAGUACAGAUGCUACAGCCAGUCCUCAUUCAGUCGCGGGCAUGGAAGGCUCACCAAACCACAAUUUCGCUGGUAUCCCUACGGUUCCUGGCGCGCAGCGACACAGACCGAAAACUGCCAAAGCAGCUCCGAAGUCGUAUCUCGGCAAGCGACAAAGGGAUUCUGCCGCUAUCUACGAAAGCGUUAAGGAGCCCUAUCCUUAUACCACCGGGUUCCACAACAUGGUAGCUGUCUUACGAAACCGCCUGCCUGCCAACAAGCUAUUAAGAAUUGCCAAGGCACUUGGAGAGAUUCGGCCGUCAUUCAUAUCUUGUACUAAAGACUUGACUCGACAGGAUCUAAUCUUCAUGGAGAAAUGCUUUCAGAGAACAUUAGUCGAGUACGAUGACUUCUUACAGCAUUGCUGUGCCCCAACGAUCGUGUGUCGAAGGUCGGGCGAAGUAGCUGCUGUCAACAAAGAGUUUAUCGCCUUGACGGGAUGGACAAAGGAGGUGCUGCUUGGGAAAGAGCCAAACCUCAACAUCAAUACUUAUAGCGGCCGCUCGACCAAUGGGUCUAGUACACCAGACAACAAUACGCAGGGAGAUAUGCCCACACCUCGUCCUCAGAAGGUCACACUUGACAACAGCAGCGGGCGCCCUCAGCCUGUGUUUUUGGGUGAGCUCCUGGAUGAUGACAGCGUUGUCGAGUUCUACCAAGAUUUUGCCGAACUGGCUUUUGAAGACAGCCGCGGUAAGGUACAGAGAAGCUGCAGACUCAAUAAGUACCGAUCAUCUCAAAGUCUGGACAUCAAGCCAGAACAUGGUGUCCCAAAAGACAUCCAACCGGGUAUUCUCAGCAGCCGAGUUACACGCAUUGAUAGCGAGCACGGUAUUUCAAGGAUUGAGAGAGAUGGCAAAGUCGAGUGCACCUACUGCUGGACCAUCAAGCGAGAUGUUUUCGACAUUCCCAUGAUGAUUAUUAUGAAUUUCUUGCCGCGAUAUCUACCAGACCAAGGGCCUCAGCAACUAGCUGUUUAG